AUGAACGCUGCUUGUGGGCUAUUCACUGCAAAUGGUUGCAAGGCUCCUCGAAAGCAGGUAGCCAGCAAGGCUUCCCGCAAAAAUACCCCGGCCACUGGCCGUGUAAAGAAGCCUCAGUGCUUCUGGCCCGGCAUCAUGGUGCUGUGGGAGAUCUGGUGCUACCAGAAGUCCACUGAGCUGCUGAUCGACAAACUGCCCUUCCAGAGGCUGAUGCGGGAGAUCGCCCAGGACUUCAAAAUGGACCUGCAUUUCCAGAGCUCGGCCGUCAUGGCCCUGCAGGAUGCGAGCGAGGCCUAUCUGGUGGGGCUGUUCGACGACUCCAACCUGUGCAUCAUCCAUGCCAAGAGGGUCAUCAUAGUAAGUGCUCAGAUCCAGCUGGCCCGCCGCGUCCGUGGCGAGAGGGCUUACAUCUUGCUCUCUAUCACUCGCUGUAACAAAACCAAAGGCUCUUUUCAGAGCCGCUGA